UAAUACAACAAAUAAAAACAAAAUGAGACCGGCAUUUGGCGGCAAUCAAGAUCCACCUUUCGACGUACACAUUCAAGAUGAGCGGAUUUUGCCAAUACAUCCAGACUCGCCGAUUAUGCCUUUAGCUUUGGCUCAUCAGUCUAUAACGUUGUCACUGCCGUUUCGAUUGCAAUUACACAGUCGUACGACACAAGAAGCAUUAAAUCUGGAGGAAGACAGUUCGGAUUCCAACAUGCUUAACAGCUUUCAAAUAAACAACUUCGAUGAUGAUGAACCUUCUUGGGAUCCUCCGGAUAUGCCUCCUACUCAUUCCUAUGAGACGCCACAGCAACACGUCGUAACCUCCACGAUUGUAUCGGGCCAAUUCGAAAUAGACGAAUCUCAGGCGGCACUAGCUCACCAUUCAGCUAUGGAUCAUUGCGGCUUCCUACCGAAGCCAGAAAAACAGCCCGAUCUGCAAGAUGAAAACUUUAAAAUGGAUACUGAUGAUCAAUCUGCGCACUCUUACACUUUAGAUUCCUCAUCUGAGAACUCCACGCCGAAGUUUGACGGCGGAAACGUCACUUCUGGCACAGGAUCGGAACAAGAGCUUAGUGCGCCUCCGAUUUGUUUGAGGUCCGUCUUGGAGUCGCGUCGCUGUGGACAAGUAGUGAAACAAAUUACAAAUAAAGUAGUGAGGCACGCGCGCUUCAACAAAGUACUGAGGGAACAAGAUUUGUGGUGCAUAGAUUGCAAACUGAUGCCCGUACUUCCCGUGACUGGCAAAUGCGGACACACCAGAUGCACAAAGUGUAUCAAAGGAAACGGCCAUUGUCCUUGCGGAGAACCACAGCCCGAGAACUUGCAUGUCAACACACUCAUACAAGAACUAACCGCGAAGAUACUGCUACAUAAUAAAACUUUAGGGUACGAUUCGCCGAGAUUCUCGCAUAUGCCAACUCCGUCAACUUCAACAGAUUCGCGAGUCAACAAGUCCUACGUCUUAUGGCGGAAAUCGAAACGGAACCGUCACAUCCUGAAAGCCCUCUUAAACAGCUCGCUGAAAACGAAAGACAGGAAAAUAAGCUUUUCACCGUCUAUUCUAAUUCCAUUACAGAUUCGUUAUCAGUUCGCGCGUAAACUCUUCACGAUGGGGCGCUACCGUGACGCCGCGCCUCAUUUGGCGCACAUAGCGGCAUCUAGCGAGUCGUACGCGAGACAAGCACGUGUUUUACUCACACAGGCUAUAGCUGUACUGAUACAGAAUAGAAACGGUCGUCGCCUUACGCGCGUACUGUUCAGAGCUGUUCGCAAAGAGGCCGCCAGUAGUUGGCUGAAGUCUUCAGAUAUCAACUGCGUAUUGUGCUGCUCCACACUAGUGGAUCCGGUGACCACUCCGUGCGGCCACACCUACUGCCGCACCUGCGUUGAAAGGUCCAUGGACUACAACAUAAAGUGCGCUUUGUGUCUGCGGCCGUUGAAUGACUUCGACUUAUCCACAACUGGUGGAACCAUAUUUAUUCGUGCUAUGCUCGCUUCGGUCGGUGCUUUGAGACCACCCCCACCACCGGACCCAAACGUGAUGCCGAUUUUUAUAUGCACCGUCGCCUAUCCAUCGAUUCCGUGUCCCUUGUUUAUUUUUGAUCCGCGCUACCGUUUAAUGGUACGUCGUGUGCUGGAGUCGGAAACACGUAAAUUCGGAAUGGUGGCCUGUGAGAGGAAUGGCGGCGGAUCAGAAUAUGGCACGAUUUUGCAAGUUUGCGAUUGCAUUCAUAUGGAGGACGGCCGAUCGAUAUUGUCGACUGUAGGCGUCUCAAGAUUCAGAGUGCUCGAAACUGGAGUCCGUGAUGGUUACGACAUCGCACGCGUCCAGGUGAUCACCGAUCUGAUACCCGAGGACUCGAUCCAGAUAUGCGAUUUGCGGGUAACCGCCGUACACAUAUGCUACAAGGCGUUGAGCUGGCUCAACAGCAUGCACGAGACGGUCUACUCGGAAAUCGUUUCCGCUUUCGGUAACAUGCCGCAAAUGGACGAGACUUGGUGGAGGACUCCCGACGGCCCCGCUUGGCUGUGGUGGCUUAUCGCCAUUUUGCCGCUCCGAACUGAGAUCAAGGUACUGAUACUUUCCACGCGAUGCCUGAUGAAGCGUCUUACCGCUGUCUCUCGUACACUUGAGGCCAUAGAUCAAAUCGCGGCUACCACCGAAGCUCACUUCGGUUUCCGCCGAUCGCUCAACCACACCGAGCACUGGGUCCAGCGUGGAUGAAGCGAGAUUUCUCUAACCGGUUUGCUCCUUAUAAAGUGGGCAAAAAAACAUUUGGAUUCGUGCAGGCGUUAAGACUUUUCAGCGAAACGAGGCGGACGGACCGAUUUUAGUGUUGUGGGGACGAAUUGAUUGGUGAAUAUCGAUAACAAAACAUUACCCGUGUAAUUAAGCUGUAGUUUCUGAGUGUGCAUAUGUAUCUCAAGGUUUUUUGAAUAAUUUUAUUUCAUUAGCAUGGAAAUCUCACGUGGAUGUCAGAUUUCAGAACAUCAAUUAAUAUUACUAUG